AUGGCGCAUUCCAUUAAUUGCACCACAGCUGAUGAUCUGCUUCCUAUUCCUCAUCAAUUUUACCAGCCAGGCGAUCUUGUCAUUGGUGGGAUUGUUUCUCAGAUAUUCUUCCUCUAUGAUAUCCUCUCUUUUAUGGAACAGCCUGCACAAAUGUUACAUGAUGAACUUUUUUCAGUACCUAAGAACUACCAACAUAUCCUAGCUUUGGCAUUUGCUGUCAAAGAGAUCAAUGAGGAUCCCAACAUCUUACACAAUAUCUCUCUGGGGUUCCACAUCCUCAAUAGCUACUAUGCGGCAAGGAUAACCACUAAGGCCACCCUGAACCUGCUUUCCACACAGCAUAAGUUUGUCCCCAACUUCAAAUGUCACAACCAGAACAACAUGGUGGCUCUCAUUGGAGGAUGUAUCUCUGAAACUUCUACCAAUAUGGACAUCAUUUCUGCAAACCGUAAAAUUGCACAGCUCACCUAUGGGUCAUUUUUGCCAGCACAAGGUGCCAAAUCCCUCUUCCCAUUUUUGUACCAGAUGGUCCCAAACGAAGCCCAACAGUACAUGGGUGUGGUGCGUCUACUUCAGCAUUUCAGAUGGAUAUGGAUUGGGCUAACAGCUGUGGAUGAUGACAGGGGGAACAGGUUCUUACAGACCAUGGUGCCAAUGCUUUCCCAAAAUGGCAUCUGUUAUGCCUAUAUAGUCAGAAUACCAAAAAGGGAUUAUUUGGAUGAAAUGGGAGGUGUGGUUUUACAGCAGUUGGAAAUCUAUAAUACUGCUAUUAACAGCAAAGCCAGUGUAUCCUUCGUAUAUGGAGAACCUCCAUCCUUUCAGGUAUUGGGAAUCUUGCUGUUUAUUAUCACCUUCUGGGCACUGCCACCGCUGGGGAAAGUGUGGAUUGUUACAUCCCAAUGGGAUUUUGCAUCAAUACCUGAUCGAAAGAUUUGGGAUAUGCAAACCUUUCAUGGUUCCAUAACCUUCAGUGUUCACUCAAAUCAGCCAUUAAGAUUCCAAACAUUUCUCCAGAUGAUAAGACCUUCCUGGGCCAAAGGAGAUGGUUUCAUUCAGGACUUCUGGGAACAGACAUUCAACUGUUCACUAAAAAUGUCUGAUGUAAAGGAGGAAGACAAGAAAACGUGCUCUGGGAAGGAGGAGCUGAAGACACUUCCUGGAACUUUGUUUGAAAUGAACAUGACCGGCCACAGCUACAAUGUCUACAAUGCUGUCUAUGCUGUGGCACAUGCUUUGCAUGCCAUAUACAAAUCCAGAUCUAAACCCAAAAGAUUGGCAGAAAGGGAGAAACCUGCAUUUUGGAAUGUGCAACCAUGGCAGCUCCAUCCCUUUCUAAGAAGCACCUCAUUUAAUAACAAUGCUGGAGACGCUGUGCAUUUCGAUGUAAAUGGGGAAUUAGUUGCAGGCUUUGAUGUUACAAACUGGUUGAUGUUCCCCAAUGGCUCAGUGGUUAGAGUAAAAGUGGGAAGAUGGGAUCCCCAGGCUUCUCCAGGCAAAAUGUUAACCAUUAAUGAUGACGAAAUUGUGUGGCAUACAAGCUUUAAUCAGGUGCUGCCCCUUUCUGUGUGCAAUGACAACUGCUAUCCUGGCUACAGCAAGAAAAAGAGGGAAGGAGAGAAAUUUUGCUGCUAUGACUGUGCUUCAUGUUCAAAUGGGAUGAUUUCUUACCAGAAAGACAUGGAUGCUUGCAUCAAAUGUCCAGAAGAUCAGUAUCCCAACAAGGACCAAACACAAUGCAUUCCCAGGGUUCUAAGCUACCUUACUUAUGAAGAAACUUUAGGAAUCAUCUUGACUGUCUUGGCUAUUUCCUUCUCUUUGAUCACAGCUAUGGUGCUUGGAACCUUUCUGAAGCACAAAGACACUCCCAUAGUCAAAGCCAACAACCGGAACUUCACCUACAUCCUCCUCAUCUCUCUCUCCCUUUGCUUCCUCUGUACCUUGCUCUUCAUUGGACAACCAGGAAACAUGGCGUGCCUUAUCCGACAAAUAGUUUUUGGCAUUGUCUUCUCUGUGGCCCUUUCCAGCAUUUUGGCCAAAACCAUCACUGUAGUUCUGGCAUUCUUGGCUACCAAACCAGGGUCCAUGAUGAGGAAAAAGAUAGGGAAAAGACUGGCCAAUUCGAUUGCCUUUUCCGGCUCCUUGAUUCAAGCAGGCAUUUGUAUAGUUUGGCUCAUUAUAUCUCCUCCAUUCCCAGAUGUAGACAUGCACUCAUUGGAUGGGAAAAUAAUACUGGAAUGUAAUGAGGGCUCUGCUUCCAUGUUUUACUUUGUCUUGGGCUAUUUGGGUUCUCUGGCAAUUGUCAGUUUCAUUGUGGCUUUCUUAGCCAGGAAGUUACCUGACAGUUUCAAUGAAGCCAAAUUCAUCACUUUCAGCAUGUUGGUGUUUUGCAGUGUCUGGUUGUCCUUCAUUCCAUCACACCUCAGUAACAAAGGGAAAUAUGUGGUGGCUGUGGAGAUCUUCGCCAUCUUGUCCUCCAGUGCUGGGUUACUCAUUUUCAUCUUUUUCCCUAAAUGCUACAUUAUUAUAUUGAGACCUGAACUGAACAACAGGAAGCAGCUAAUAAGAAAAAAGUGA